AUGCCCGCCAACGGCGCUAGAAGCCCAGGCAGCUGGAGCUGGCAUUCUGGCCCUCUGUACCCGUUGCCAGGUCCCACGGGGCCGCAAUUGAGUCCAUUCUUGCCUUGUACGGCGUCGGCGUUGGGCAGAAGCAGUCGCCCCGCUCGUAAGGUCUGUAGAAAUCACCACCACUCCCCGGCUGGCAGCGCUGCCGAAGAGAAGGAUUCAAAGAUGGAUUUGGCCGUUCGGGACGUUCUAGGAGAUGUCAACAGCUAUCCGAAGGCCGCAGACGCGCUGGUGCGAGAAGUGCUGACGGAGCGCCGCAGCUACGACGGGUAUUUUGUAUCGCAGGCAGUUGCCGGAAGCAUCGUCGAGGACAUCGCGGAGACCGAGGCCGCGAUAGCGGGCCUGGAGCGACAGCUGCGCGAGCGGUUGCUAGCUCAGAAGAGACAGCUGGUGGCGGAGCUGCGCGGCAGCGACGUGCUGGAGGAGCUAGCGGGGAUCUCGCGCGAGAUCGAGCAGCUGUGGGAGCUGGACAGUGGCCGCGCGGGCAAGCCCGCAGACGAGAGCUUGGAGGAUGUGGAGGCCCCGGAGGAGGCGGAGGACGCGUUUCACGCGUCGCUGCGGCGUCUGCGCACGGAGGGGCGGAGCGGGGCGGACGAUGGGCUGGGCGUGGUGCUGGGCAACCUCGGCCGCGUGUGCGGGCUGCUGGAGGUGCCCGCGCUCGUCAGCACGUGCAUCCGCACCGGCUACUACCAAGAGGCGCUGAUGUGCCACGGUUACGUGCGCUCGCUGCAGCACAAGUUCCCCGGCGUGGAGCUCGUGGCCCGCAUCGCCGCCGCAGUGCAGGCGGACAUCUCGCAGACCAUGCUACAGGGCCUGUCGCGCCUGCUGACCACCGCGCUGACCAUCAAUGCGAUGAAGAAAAUCACAGACUACCUGGCGUCGAUUGACCCGUUCCAGGACGCGCCAUCCGCGCUGCAGCAGCUCUUCCUGUCCGCACGGUUCCGCUUCAUCGCCGGCGAGAUCGACUCCUACGCCGCCGCCCCGGACGUCUCCGACGCAGUCCGCGAGAUGCUGCUGAAGCGCAAGAUCGAGUGCGUGCGCGAGCACGUCUACGGCAACCUCGUGGUCUUCAACUCGCGCUUCGUGCCAGACACUCGCCCCAUCGCCAUCGGCCUGUUCGGCGCCCCCGCCACGCCGCUGCCGACCAGCCCGCUGCUGCUGCACUUCGUUGAUCGCUGCUGUACCCACCUGGUCCGCCAGCUCCCCGCGCACAUGCCUUUCGUCGCGCCGGACUCCGUCUGCCUUCAGCUGGUCUACUGUUCCUUCCGUCUCGCGGACCUGAACCCUAAUUUCCACCACCUCUUCAUGAACGCCCUUCUUGCAUCCGGCGCCUUUUCCCGCGCCGAACUCGACGCAGCCCUCGCCAAGCGCCUCGAGCUCGUUGCCACCUACUGA